AUGACUUCUACCCCUCGCCCCGACCCUAGCACCCUCCGAAACACAGUCGACAAAAAGGUCACCAUCGUCACCGGCGCAGCCAGGGGAAUCGGCUUUGCAACCGCCUCCCUUCUCGCCAACCACGGCGCCCGAGUAAUCCUCACCGACAUAUCAGACGAUGCGUUGAAAAUCGCAUGCUCGACUAUCGGCCUCGGAUCUACAUACAAGGCCUGCGACGUCAGCGACUGGGAAGCUCAAGAGGAGCUUUUCGACUGGACGGUUCGGAACUUCGGAUCUGUGGAUAUUGUCGUCUGCAAUGCUGCGGUGAACCCGGAGAUUGCACUCUUGCAGACGCAGGAUGCGGAUAGGCAGAGGGAGAUGGCUGGGAUGGUUGAGUAUAAUUACUUAGCGGAUGAGAGGAGAGAAGAGGCCGAAACCAGUGCUGGUUCGACAAGGCUCAAGAGGCCAUCUACGCGGGCAUUCGAUAUCAAUAUCAAUUCCGUUGUCUUCGGACUAAAACUUGCAAUCCACCACAUGAAAAGAAACGGAGGAGGAAGGGUUAUCGUGGUUGGAUCAGCUGGUUCCUAUUUGCCUGUUCCCACACAGUCUCUGUACACUGCGAGUAAACAUGCGGUUCUGGGACUGGUUCGGAGUGCAGCAAUGACCGCCGAAGUCAUUCAAUCCGGCAUUUCGAUCUCGAUAGUUGCACCCUGGUUAACUUUGACUUCUAUGGUUGACGGUCUCGAGGCUACUCGCAGUUCGCAUACGUUGAAGAGUUCCCCCGAGGAUGUGGCUUGGGCUAUUGCGCAUGCUGCUUCUGCGCCCGCGGGAGAUGUCAAUGGGAAGGGGUUCUGGAUUCAGGGAAAGGCGAUUAGUGAGGUUGAGGGUGCUUAUGGAAGACUGGCUGGUGAACUUAUUUCGCCGUUGAAUCGGUUUUAG